GAAUAUUUAUUUCUUUGUCUAACUCCUCACUCUAUAAAACCAAACCAAAAAUCUCUGUACAUUUCAUCAUCAUCGUCAUCUAUCAGAAACACAUCCAAAUAAUCUCUAAAAAAAAAUGGCACCAAGAUCAGAGAAAAACGAUACAAUUAGCAAAACCACAGAGAUUGUUAAGGAAAUACAUUACCGAGGAGUAAGGAAGAGGCCGUGGGGGAGAUAUGCAGCAGAAAUUAGAGAUCCUGGUAAGAAGAGUAGAGUUUGGUUAGGUACUUUUGAUACAGCUGAAGAAGCUGCUAAAGCUUAUGAUACUGCUGCUAGAGAAUUUCGUGGAUCUAAAGCUAAAACUAAUUUUCCUCCUCCUAAUCUUUUGCUUUCUGAUCAUGUUGUUGAUAAUAAUCAGAAUCAAAAUCCUAAUUGUAGUAACGAGCAGCAGCAGAGUAGUCCGUGUAGUACUGUUGAAUCUUCAUCAAGUCCUGAGGAUCAUCAUCAUCAUCGUCCAUAUUUGAGCAGUAGGCAGGAUCUUGAUUUGAUUCAUCGUGUUGGUGUUUCUGCUGGUUUUAAUGGAUUUGUUGAUAAUUCCGGUGGUUUUAUGAGAUUUCCAUUUCAUAACCAUCAGGUGCAAUAUCCUCUUCAACAAAAACAAAUAUUUCAAACUCCUCCUUCAGCAGCAUUAGGAUUAGGAGUUUACCCUAACAUUCAUGGAUAUUUUUUAGAUUCGAUUAUGAGAUCAAAGAUGGUCAUGAUUGAUCAUCAACAAAAUCAUUACAGAGAUCAGAGUAUGACCAGAUUCGUCAAAACUCCAUUGUCAACAACAGAUUUUUUCAAGGGAUCAUCAGAAGCACAACAAACGCAAACACAAGAAUCACAGAGCGAUUCUGAUUCAUCAACUGUUGUUGAUUUCAAAAGCAACCAACCCAAUAGAGAACUCCUUGAUCUUGAUCUUAACAAGCCACCUCCAACUGAACUCGUAUUUUAAUUAGUUAAUUCUCUUCUCAUUUCAUAUCUUGUUGAAUCAGAAAAAGUGAGAUAAUUAAAAUUAAAAUUUAGAAAGGUAUGAUCAGUAUUCUGAUUUUUAUGGUCGAAGUUCUUUUUGUACAAGAAAAAGACUGUGUAAAUAUAUUCAAUCCAAUCAGAAAUCAUUUCAUUUCAUUUUUGCCUAUUCUGUUUUGUUAAAGCAAAUCAAUCAGAAACAAUUUCUCGCUAAAAUGUUUGAAUUUGACAAGAUUCUGAAGAAGACAAUUAAUCUGGGUUCUAAUUAAAUUUGUGAAUUGGAGCUGAAUUUGGUCCAGGAGGAUAUCAGAUGAUAUCGAAUCACGAGGAACAGAGAGAUAUUCGUUAUGAUUUCUUUGUGGCAGGCAGAGAGCGUGUAGGCCUGCAAGUAACCCGCGUGUUGUCACCAUCAUGUUUGAACAUACACGUGUAUUCUCUGAGGAGGAGCGGCAGACCGCAGACAGACAAGGAAGCCGCUCAAUGAAGAGAGAGAGAGGAGAGAAGAUCAAAUAGAUUCUCUCUGCUUGACGUAAUGGUAGUGGGAUAGAGACACAGUGGGACCGACAUACUCACGUGUAUCAUCAACCCAAGAAGUGGACUUCAAAACGUGGCGGCCGCGUUUGAUGGGUCCAUGUGCAAGACAUCAAUUUACGGUGUACAUUUCUUUGUUCUUUUGUUUGUAGAACACGUUGGUGAUGAUGGGGUGGUGUGUUGGGAAAAGUUCAUUUUGCGGUUUCUUUUCGAGAUUAUGGUGCUGAGGGGAAUAAAAAUAACAAAAAAAUCUCGAUGAACCCGUGAAAAAUGUUGGAGAAAAAUGGGGUUUGGAUUAAAAUGUAUUUGGUUUUGGUGUGGUUUGAUCUUAGAGUAAGGGUUAUGGGUAGUGUUAUUUUCUCCAAUGAAGGAGUGCACUACUAGUUUGAUCAGAUUAGAGGCUGCUAUGAGUAAAUUUUAUCCCACUUUUCUUUCGAAUUUGUUCAUACACUCAUUCAUUUGAACGAGUGGUUGAGAGUGUCAUACUAAA